GUCUCACAAAGCAAAUGAGAGAGCAAAAAGCAAGCGAGGGCACAAAGAGUCGCAUCGCUGCACCUGACCAGCGGAACGACGCUCAACGAAGUUUUAACGAUGCUGCAACUGCAGCAAACCAGGCGUUAUAGCGUCCUCGCGGCGGCACCUCCACCAAUAGCAGCACCUCCCCCAAAUACUUGGUCCCCAGAGCAACGCGCUGCCGACUUAGUGGCAGCGACAGCGUCGCGCGCGACCUCGGCUGCUAGCGUAGCAACUGCGCCUGUGGUCCUCCUCACGCAAGGCGACGCAUCGUUCGUCGAGCACGCUGAUGGCAGGAAGGAAUGGGUGCAACGCGCGGAAGACGACUGGCGCGCGACGCUGCGUGGCUACCUGAACAAAGCGGCGAUGGACGACGACGACGCCUCCGAGGACCCGACAACUAUCGUAAAACAAGCCCUGAAGGACUGGCGGGAGGGCCACGCCGUCGUCCUGCGCCGCUUGCUCUCGCCGAAGGCCGUCGCCGAGGUCCACGCCUGCGCGCGCGACUGCCUCGAUGGCGGCUGGGGCACUAUUAGGAGGCGGUCGGUGGGCCUCCCAGACGGCUCCGUCUUCCCGCAGCAGACGCACGCGCGGUUGUCAAAGCACUUUCGUGAAAGGUGCCCGCGCGCCUGGGCGGCGUUGUGGAGAGGAAUCGCGGGGGUCGAUUGGGGCACUUGGCCUCGGUUCUCGGGCGACGCGGCCGUACGCGGCGCGUUCAAGCAGGCCGACUACCUGCUCUACCAGGGCGGCGACAGCGUGGGCUGGCACGAUCAUUAUGGCGAGUCCCUGCUGUUCUGCGUCGUGCUGCUCAGCGGCGACUUCGAGGGGGGUGAUUUUUCCUACAAGCCGCUCGACGGCGGCGGCGCGGUGGACGUCGAGCUCGCGGCGGGCGACGUCGUCGUCUGCCCGUCGGAGAUGGAGCACCGCGUCGGCGCCGUAUCCAGAGGAACGCGGGCGUCGCUGAACGUCGACUUCUGGGACGUCGACGCGGCGGCCGACCGGCGGUCGGCCUUCGACCGGUACUGA